AUGAUGAACGAAUGGCGAUGCAAGUUAGAAACUGUACAAGUUGAUCACUACGAUGGCCAAGCCAUUUACAGUCAUAAUGACCUUAUCUAUGAGCUUGGAGGAUAUCUCGGAGGUGGUGCAGCUGGCGUAGUGUACGAAGCGUUUUCCACACGAACAAAACAGCAUGUAGCCAUCAAGAUAUUAAAUCCUGUUGGCUACAAAUUAUGUCCAAGUACACUAUUGGCUCGAUGUCUCGUUGCUGUAAAGGGCAAACCCGUCAUAACUUUGCCUCGAAACGAGGUGGACUGUCAAGCUGAUAAUGACAGGAAAAGUAAUCGACGAUUUUAUGCUUCACGAUCAAAUGCUGGAUCAAGAAAAAUGACAAUGGGACGGAUUUGUGUGGAAAAUGUGUGGUGGUUGAUUCACUCGACGUCGAAACAAGCUAUUGCAGCUGUUGAAGAUCCAUUUACAGGACAUGUUCGAGAACUUACACUGCCUCAAUGUAUUCAAGUGUGGGGUGAACUCCUGAGUCAAUGUGAAAGCAAUACGGACGGACAAUUAACAGACCUAGCUGAAUUGUAUCAGGAAGUUCAAGUAAAGAACCAAAUGAUCAAGAUUCCUUGCAUUCCACUGAAGUUUAUCAAGUUUGCACAAACUCGACGAUUGAUUCAUCGUGAGAUAUCGAAUAUGGCGGGGUUGGAGUACCAUGAAAAUGUCUUGCGUCUCGAUGAAGCACUGGAACUCGUACAAGAUAGUAAAUGCACCACUUUUUUGGUUCUUGAAUUGGCUGGAGGCGGUGAAUUAUUUGACCGGAUCAAGCUUGAUUGUGGUACAGAUGAAGAAAGUGCACGCUUGUACUUUCGUCAGCUCAUUUCUGGCGUAGCAUUUUGCCACAACUCAGGCAUUUGUCAUCGUGACCUCAAGCCCGAGAAUUUGCUUCUCGCUGACAAUGAGGAGCACUCGACGUUAAAGAUUGCAGACUUUGGGCUAUCGGCAAUUUUUGCCUUUACAGAUAAUAACGCGAACAACGGUGCCAACAGAAACGGAGUUGAUCAACCAGCUAUACGUAGGUUACGUUCGGUCGUUGGCUCUCCUCACUAUGUAGCACCUGAAGUUCUUAUGGACACUGGCAAGGGGUACGAUGGGGCAAAGGCCGAUGCUUGGUCGAUUGGUGUAAUUUUGUAUGCAAUGAUCGCGGGUAGUUUGCCAUUUGGAAAGGACUUACUCAAGUGUGUUCGCUAUGAUCGUUUCCGCAAGUGGUCGUACAAUACCAAAUACAGCGAUGACGACCCGACGGACGUAGUUGAGUUCCCGUCUUGGUUUUUUCCAACGCGUUUCACGCUAGAACUAAAAUCUCUGAUUGCGCAGUUACUGUACCCAGAUGCAUGCAUGCGUCUAUCGGUGGAGGAAACCCAGCAUCAUGUGUGGGUACGUGGCGAGAAGCUAAAAAUGUCAAGUUCGUUAACAUUGGACGAUGACCAGUCGCUGAGGAAUAGCGCACCUCUCAGUACACCCGAGUCACCACCACAAUUGCCUCAUUUAUCUUACAAGAGUUGUAUGAACGUGACGAUUAACACCCUGCAGGAUGACAUUGAAUUGGGUCAGCAAAUGCACGCCAGCCAACUAGGUUCUGUACCACCGCAAGCCAUCACCAGACUACUUGCUAAAUCGCCCAGCCCUCACAAUCAUGCGUAUCGCUGUCCGCCAUCACCACAGCAAGGUCUUUGUGUAAACAAGCACCUUGCAGGCGUAGUCGGCUACAUGCCGCCAGUGGACGAGACUUUGUCCAUGUCUGGUCAAACCCCUUUAAGUUCUCCUCGUGAUCGAAAGAACAACAACAAUAUCGAAUUGGAAGAUGAAGGCGAUGCUUCGAUGACGGCUUUGACAAAUGAGUUAAAUGCUUGCAAGCUUACUGGUACUCAGACGGUCUUCAAGCAGGAGCCGCUUGACCGUGAAGCUACUAUGCCAUCCUUCUCCCCGAGUAAGGCUACAAGAGAAGCUGGCGAUAGUGGUGACAGUGACAACGUAGUCGGGCGUGCUGAUUUAACAUUGCAGCAAGCUACUUUUCAACACCGACACCGAUUUGUGUCACCUCCGCUUGUGACUGGAUCUCGGGACACAAUGCCGAUACGAUUCCGACGCAACUCGCCCCCGGAACUGUUCCUGCGUGGAUUUGCUCGCGGACGAUUUAGGGACCUCACAAACGGAGAUAUUGGAGGAAACUUCAGUGUCUUCGAGGCUGGAGUUUCUUCCAACAUCCUCGGUCGCUCUCCUCCGCUUGUGCCGCAAUCAGUUUUGGCCGCCGAUGAUAAGCUUGGCUUUCCAAUUGAUCGCACGUUGACAGAGCCACUAGCAGUCAUAGCAAACUCGGGACCAGACGCUACGAGCAAUGCUACUCCGGAGAAUCUGCAGGCGAUUUGUUUGGCCCCUCCUCCAUCUUAUAAUGACGUCGUGCCUCGCUCGACACGGUUCCUUACAGCUCUACCGGCACGAUUGGUGCUUUCCAAUGUUGAGAACGCUUUGAAGGUUCAUCCAUGUCCGCUUCCGUACGAGUGUGCCAAAGUCCCGCAGGAUGUGACUAUGGACUGGGACAAUUACCAGCUCGAAGUGCGGUAUGCUGGUCUCUUGACCUGUACUGUGCAGGUCUUUCUCUUCCAGCGCGGUGUGUAUCUCGUCGAGUUCCGACGCAGCCAAGUGGAUACUUUUCAGUUCAAGCGCUUUUACGAAACGAUUCGUGCGGAGGUCUCCGAAGGCAUGGCCGGAGGUCCUGAGCAACCUUUACCAGCAUUACGCAAGCGCAACAACUCCGUUUCUGAGACGUUUUGA